AAUCUGUCAUAAUCGAAAACAGUGGGGGUAAACUCUGUGAACAGUGUCAGCCCUAGAUUACCAAUCGAUUGUAGCUUAACAAUCGGCAGCUCUGCUGACCUCUGCUAACCCUAACAACAGCUCUCUCUCUCUCUCUCUCUCUCUCUCUCGCUCGCUCGCUCUGUGUGUGUUUGUGUGAUUGCACGACAAGCGACUUGGUUUUCCCAUUUUUGUUGAACUCCGUAAAAGAUGCCCAAAAAGAGCUCAUCCAAGCCACUAAAGCCACAAGACCCAGUUGCAGUACCGGAGAAAAACCCCUCCCCCGCACCCAAAAAACCCAGCAAAGAGAUCGACGAGAUCUUUGCUGCGAAGAAGAGGAAGAAACCUGAGCAAAACCAAGAUAACCCAGUUAAAGCCGAGGGUUCUAAGCUGGAUAAGGUGAACAAGAAAAAGAAAAAAAGGGAAGCUCCUAAAGAGAGUGGAACUGCGGACCCACCUUCUCGGCCUAGGAAGAGAACUGGUGAUGGGUUUACUGUUUACUCGCAAGAGGAGCUGGGGAUUGGGAAGGCUGAUGCUGGAGGUACAAGAUUGUGUCCUUUCGAUUGUUCUUGCUGUUUCUGAUUGCGAAAUGAAGUUUUUUUUUUUUUUUUUUUUUUUGGGGAGGUUAUUGUUGGAAUUGUUGAGUUUGUAAUCCUAUAUUUCGGUUGAACCCCAAGGGGUUGCCCCAGUGGUAAGACUUGGGACUUAGGGUUUGACUCAAGUUCGAAACGUCUUAGGUGCUAGCAAAUCUUUUGGGGCCAGUCCCUACUGAACUUUGUUCUGACUUUAAUUGGGCUCCCCACUUGCAGGUGGGAUUGGACCUGCAGGAUUAGUCACGGUGCGCGUUAGCUGGCCCGACACCAUAGUUAUCAAGAAAAAAAUUAUGAGAAUGGUUUUGUUUUUAUGAGCAUUGAUGUACACUGGAAUUUGAGUAAACUAGAUUGAUUUCAUUUGGGUUUUUUCAA